UUCAGCAGAAGAAGAAUAAAGGAACCUAUCAAGAAGCUACAAACUUUCCAACAUUUCUGUUUGAAUUUAUACUAAGCUGUAGGCCAUCAGUGGAGUUUCCCCCCCCCCCCCCGGUUUCCCCUCCCCUUUUUCUCUCUUUCCUUUUCUUACGCCACAUUGUUAGUGAAUAUGACAUCUGGGAGAGUUGCAGGGCGAGCCUUGAAUGUGGUCAUUGUUCAGCACAUCAUUUGUCACGUCCUUUCUGUCUGUGGCCGAGGAGGAGUUGCUGUUUGCAGGGUAAAAUGUGAAGAGGAGCUCGACCAAACAGCUACAACCCCAGUCGGCUGGAAGGGGAAUCUGUCCAGAGGAGAGGAGAGGAAGAUGACGAGAAAGAGGAAGACUGCAGAACAGAAGCCUGAAGCGUUCGGCUCUCUGGAAACCUGCCAUGUGACAUUUGGCUGCCAGCAGUGCACCAGAAGGUCAAAGGGGGCCGCGGUGCACAUUUCAUGGCAAUGCAGAGCAACAUCCACCGCCACAGUUGCAGCCAUCCUCACGGAUUCUUCAUCGAGCCUGUGGAUGGUGCGUCUGGUUUUGGGGGCUCCCGUCAACCCCCGACCCACCAGCAUGCAGAGGAGCUUCCACGGAGGUCCAAAUCGCAAAGCCCCAAUAAGUAUACAAUGAGCAAAAAGGUUUUCCCCUGGAUGAAAGAGUCGAGACCCUCCAAUCAGAAUCCCCACAGGGGGGUUGCAGAUUGCACCGAGAAGUCUCCUUGCUCGAGCCAGGCCUCUAAGCGCACGCGCACCGCGUACACGAGCGCGCAACUGGUGGAGCUGGAGAAGGAGUUUCACUUCAGCCGCUACCUGUGCAGGCCGCGGCGGGUGGAGAUGGCCAGCCUUCUCAACCUGAACGAGAGGCAGAUCAAGAUCUGGUUCCAGAACCGGAGGAUGAAGCAGAAGAAGGACCAGCGAGUGCAGGGCCUCACCGCGACGAGCACCAGCUCCUGCUCCCCUCCGUCCUCCCCCUCCGCCGCGGGCAGCCCCACUCUGGCGAGCCUGGGUUAUGUCCAUCUGGGUGCUGACUACCAGCCGCCCUCCCCUCCGCUCAAACAGCCCCAGCAGCAGGCUUACCCGGUAGGAUACUCCAAAUAUACAGCCCCGAGCUUCACGCACGACCCGCACUUUGACACGGCGCAGUACAACACGCAGGACAGCACCGCAGACUCAAACCAGGGACUGGACGGCCACGGCGGGUCGUACUUCUUGCAGGCCUGCACACCUCAGGACAGAAUCAUGCAAGCUCCAAAACUGACUCAUCUCUAGGAUUUCUGCACGCAACGCUGAUAAUUAUCCACUGGUUUUAAAAAAUAAGUAUUUAUUUAUAAUUAGCAUAUUCGGAUUUAUAUUUUAAGCAUGCUUCCUUUAGCUUCAGUUAGUCCAUCUCAAAAAGCUCAAGAUGCAUAUAAGUACAACUUGGUAUAUUUAGGCAAUUAAAAACAGAUCAUGUUGAGGUUCCAACCCAUUAUGCAUGGUCUACAAAUUAGAAGAAGAAACGCCAUGCUGAAUGGAAAAUCCUUUUUUUAGUUAAUUUCUCUUAAGGAGCACCUAAACUCGGGUUUAACUGCAGGGCCCGUUUAGGAGGACUAUAUUCUGCGAAAUUCCCACAUUAUUAUAACUCCUAAGCAGAGCAGAGGAGGGGAAAAAAGGCUCCGUCUCUGGCUCUUAAACGGGUCUUUGUUUCUUUUAUGGCUCAAAAUGGACCAAACAAGCUGUCAGCGUUUAUAAGGAGUCGUGAUGGAUCACUGAAUUCACUGCGCUGACUGUUUCAGGGACCAUGCCUCAUUCAGCCUCCGUCCUGCAAGUCUGACAAACACAAAAAUGGAGAUUGGGAUCCCGGAGCUCAGAAAAA